CAUGCGCUUCAUUGUCCGGAUUAAAAUUUCCGUUUCCGGUUAAGCAACAACAACAACAAAUUAACGGACAGAAUGCUUGCCAAACGCUUUUGCAAUUUAUGUCUAAGAAAUGGAGGCAAUGGCAUUAAAAACAAACAAAAAUGUUUCUACAGUUCUAGUUCAGGAAAGCUUACAAAUGCAGAGCUCAGGAAGAAAAGAAAUGCUAUUUUUGAAGAGGAGAAAGCUAAACAAUUAUCGUUCAUAAAACGCUUGGAAAAAAUAUCUGUGAAAUACAGUGGUCAUCCUGAAAUCAGGGAGGGAGAGGGAAAUGUAGAGUUACUAAUGAAUAAACAUGUUUCAACUCCAUAUAACUGUGCCAUGCACAUAAGUGAGUUUCUGAUGAAGCGAUCUGUAGUAGCUUUAGUUGAUGGUGAACCGUGGGACAUGCAUCGCCCUCUAGUGGAUGACUGUGAUCUACAGUUAAAACAUAUGCUAGAUGAAGAUCCAGCAGUUUCUAAUCAUGCAUUUUGGAGAACAGGAUCAUUUGUAUUAGGAUAUAUUUUUGACACAGCUUUCAAAGAUAAUGUUUGUGUAGAGUUGUGUGAUUACCCAAGAACAAAAGUUGAACAUGGCUGUUUUUUGUAUGAUGUAAAUAUUGAUAUACCUGACUGGAAACCUACACAGAUGGAAUUAAAUUGCUUAAGCCGAGUUGGAGGAUGCAUAUGGAUGAAAAAUUUGGAUUUUGAACCGCUAGAUGUUAGUGGUGAUGUUGCUCUAAAAAUGUUUGAGGAUAAUAAAUACAAGACAAAGGUUCUAAAACAGUUGUUGGAUAAUUCAGGGAGGGAUUCAAUCAGCUUGUAUCGUAUGGGAGACUAUGUGGACUUCAACAAGGGUCCCCUCAUCAGCAAUACCUCACAGAUACAUAGAUAUUCUGUUACAUCGGUUCAUCAAGUAGAGAGCGACAUGUUUGGAAAGGUGUAUAGAGUUCAAGGCCUUGCAUUACCUAUAGAUCUAAAGAUGCAUUGGUGGGUGUGGGAGUUUUUGUGUAAAAGGGCAGCUAAACCUAACAAACAGCCGAUCAAGUACAAAAAAGAGGCCCAACUGAAGCAAAUAUUAGAGAUGAACCAGAACUAGAUAUAAACUCACUAAAAUCAGGAUAAGAUCCGGUAUCAAGUGUUCAAAACUGUGUUCUUUUUUCUGGUAUUAUAAGAGUAAAGAAUUUAGAAAACAUUCAUGAAUCCCCUGAAAAUUUAAAUAAAAUUCUACAUCUGUUAUGUUUGAUAAGAUUAAAAUUGAAGGAAAUAAAUUUUAAGUAUUUCCUUGAUCAACAGUAAGUUAAAACUAUACAUGACAUUAGACAGAAUAAAUUGGACAUAAGUGGAAGCUGAGAGAAGUAAAAUGUGUGUAAUAGAGAUACAAGGAAAAAGUUUGAUGAAACUGUGUUGUUCAUGGAAUUGGAAGA